AUGGAAUUGACACUUCUAUUGGAACAAAUCAAUAGGAUUGAUAUCCCAGAUGGUUCAACUAAUGAAUUACUAAAAAAAUUAGGGGACUUUCUAAGAGAAGAUUCAGUGAGGUCAAGUCCUGAAGCAAAAGACUCUAUUCCAGCAGUCAUAAGGAUAGCUAAUGCCGAGUUAUCUCAAAUAGUCGAGGCACAGGAUGGUACUCAUAAUGAUUCUUUGAUUCUUGAGACUCUUAGGGUUUUAAUCAAUUUUCUAGCCAAUAAUGAUGACAAUAGACAGUUUUUAGCAUCUACUGAUUUGAACUACAAAGCAACUUUUUGGUCUUUAAUAUGCAAAUUGUUUAGCAUGGAUACCCUAAACACUAAUAUAAAUACUAUUUACGAGAGAAUUCUACUAAUGUUGUCCCAAUUUAUACACAAUACAAAUUUACUAAAGGACUUCCUUAUAUUUUUUAGUGAAAUAGGUAUUGAGAAAUGUUUAAUAGGAUAUUUGAGAUUUCGAAUAGAUUCAUCGCUUGCUGCUGAGACUGGUUUUGAUGAGCUAGUGAUUCCCACAGAAAUAUAUUCAGAAUUCAUGAGUGAAAUGUCUGAUUCCACUUCGACAGAUAUGGUAUUUGCAAAUGAUUGCAACGAGUAUCUUGAUACUAUUUUAAGGGUGUUUAAUUUUGCUAUUAGAUUAAACGUAGAUGAAGAUGAUGAAGACGAAAUGGAUACAGUUAACGAUGUACUCUCAAACCUAUCUAAUAUCGUCUACAAUGUCACAUUAUGUGAAGAUAUACCCCAUUUGUCGUCAACAGAAAUGCACUCAAAUAUAUUGAAGCUAAUUCCUCAACUUCCUACAAAAAUACAAAACUUCACUUUGAAUAAGAGAAGGCUAUUUUCGUCUAGUGGUAACAUUGCGUCAAUGACAAAUUAUGAUAACUCUGUGGAUGUUUCAAUGGCUUUAGAAUAUUUUCGUAACCCCGAAACGGAUCCUUAUAUUUUAUCUGCUUGUGCCAUAGAUCUUGGUAAUUAUAUCACUAGUGUAGAAAAGUCUGAAUGGUUACGAGUGAAAAUUGACAGUGAAAUUGGUUUGCAAGUUUUCAUAGCGAACUUUUACAAAAUCAAGUUCAACGAUGUAAUUCAAUACCAAGCGUUCCAUUUAUUCAAUAACUUAAUGUCGACUGAUAUUGCCAUUCACUCUUUCGACAGCUACGAAAGUCUAUUGAAAUCCUCCAAGGUUGUGGUAGAUAAUGGCCAAUACUAUAAGGAGGUUUUCGGAAUUUAUGCUAAGUUUAUGAAAAAGUUAAUACUGUUUGCAUUUAUCGAAGAAAAGGGCUCUCAUUUAAGUUUGUUUCAAUUCAAGGAACUUUGGACCCAAUUUUAUCCUGUGGACCAUCCAGGUACCGCAUUUGAAGAGAUUUAUCUCAUUUUAACUCAAGCAUUCAUAGCAACGAAACUACUCGAAACAGGAAGUCUUGAACACAAAAAUGUCCCAUUUGUUACCUCUUUGGUCGAGAACCUAGUAAGCGCAAAAGGGCUAACCGCCGAUGUACCAUCUACAUUCCUACUGGAAAAGUUGAAGACCCUAGGUAUUUUCUUCAAGACAAUUGCAACCCACGGUAUAAGCGGCGACGUAAUUACGAAGGUUUUGUAUGACUCUGAUUCAGAUAAAUACCAUCUGCACUUCAUUACCCCAUACCAUACAUUCUUAGAGAAACUACAACAAAUCCUCGAUGAACAAGGUAAUUUAAAUAACGCAAAUAACCCAAAUCAGUUUAGUGUUAUCCAAAAUAACUCCAAGUUCGUAUGUGCCACUACAAUCGCUUACUGUAACCUUCCGCAUGAAACAAAUGAAGAGGUUGACGCCAUUCAAUCAAUUUGCCAAUCUAUCAUACGGUAA